AUGCUUAUGAUAAAAUGGGAGCUGCUGCUAUUGGCCAUCAUAUGCUGGCAGAGAGGCCACACAGAUAAUCAUGAGACUAAGAAGAGACUUGGCCAUGUGACUGUGGUAGUUGUGGGUGGAACAGGUGACUUGGCCAGGAAGUACCUGUGGCAAGGCUUUUUCCAGCUCUAUGCUGACCAGGUAGGCAAAGGACACACCUUCUCAUUUUACGGUGGGGGCCUUUCGCCAACCGAGAAGGGGACACCACUGCUGUUUGGGAUCUUGAAGGAGUUGGCUUGUCCUCUGGAGCUCUCUGCAGAGCGCUGUACUUUGGUCAAAGACCAGUUCCUGCAUCUUUCCAAAUAUCACCAGCUGAAGACUACUGAGGACUAUGAGAAGCUCAGCCAGCAGAUCAAGCAGCAGCUAGAACAGGAGGAUAUGGUCGAAGCAGGGAGGCUCUUCUACCUGUCUGUUCCAGCUUUCGCGUAUGCAGACAUUGCAGAGAAGAUUAACAACACCUGCCACCCCCCAUCUGAUGCAUGGCUCAGGGUGGUACUGGAGAAGCCAUUUGGUCACGACCUUUACAGUGCUCAGGCCCUUGACAAAAAACUGUCAGGCCAGCUAAAAGAAAAUGAGAUGUACAGGAUUGAUCACUAUUUAGGAAAGCAGGUUGUCUCUAAAAUACUGCCAUUUAGGAAAGAGAAUAAGAAACUUCUGGACCCUAUCUGGAACAAGCACCAUAUCCAAAGAAUAGAAAUUGUUUUGAAGGAAACCCUGGAUGCCAAAGGCCGGAUUCAGUUUUAUGAUCAAUAUGGCGUCAUCAGAGACGUGCUCCAAAACCACCUCACAGAGGUCAUGACCCUUAUGUUGAUGAACCUUCCUGCAAACCUGUCCAACAGCAUGGAGAUUCUACAGAACAAGCUUAAUUUCUUGGCUUCCCUUCAACAUGUAGAUAACAGUAAUGGGGUUGUAGGUCAGUACCAAGCUUACAAUGGAGAAGUUCAGGAAGAGCUAAAUAAAACUAAGGACUACUUCAGCUUGACCCCUACAUUUGCUGGUGUGGUCAUUAAUGUCAACAAUGCGCAAUAUGAGGGUAUCCCCAUAUUUAUGACCUCAGGCAAGGCACUUGAUGAACGGGUAUCUUAUGCUCGUGUGCUUUUCAAAAAUGAUGUAUUUUGCAUCCAGGAUCCGAACAAUGUUCAGUGCAAAUCCAAACAGAUCAUAUUUUAUCUGGGUCACGGAAACCUGCAAUACCCUGCGAUUCUUGUCAGCAAGAACCUGUUCAAGCCCGAACUGGUAAGCAGCGGUGACUGGAAGGAGGUCACAGAAUACAAAGAUGUGAAUGUCCUGGGGUUACCACUUAGUGACUAUUACAUCCAGUCACCGGUCACACCCAGAGAGGCUUAUUGUGAGCUGAUCUCGCAUGUCUUCUUGGGACGCAAGGACAGCUUUAUUAGUGCAGAGGGACUCCAUGCUUCUUGGGCGUUUUGGACUCCCCUCCUCGAAGCUCUGAGUCGAGUCUUUCCACGGGUGUAUCCAGGUGGUGAAGCUAAUGGAAACCUGCUGAACUUUCAGCUGCAGGGCCAUCAGGUUGCUUUUAGCCAUGAAGCCGUGGUCAACGUUAUCAACCCCAGUGCCGAAGACAACUUCCAGGUGAUGCAAGGGAAGUACCGUAGUUCUGAAAUGGUAUCUGCCUGGGCACAGGAACUGGUGGAGCGCUUGGCUUCUGAUCUUCUCCUGGCUGCUGAGGAGGCCAUUAGUGAAGAAGGUCAGUUUCACCUGGCGUUGUCUGGUGGUUCCAGCCCAGUGGCACUGCUUCAUGCACUGGCCCUGAACCUCUACACCUUUCCGUGGCGCAACACUCACAUAUGGCAAGUGGACGAGCGUUGUGUGCCACAUACAGAAACCGGCUCCAACUUUCGGUCUAUUCACGAUCUCCUGCUUCAGCAUAUCCACAUACCCUACUUCAACAUCCACCCCAUGCCUGUGCAUCUCACCCAACGGUUAUGUGUGGAAGAGGAUGGUGGACCGGCAUUAUAUGAGAAGGAUAUCAAUAAACAUGUCAACGGCUCCAGUUUCCACUACAUCCUGCUCGGCGUAGGCCAAGACGGCCACACUGCCUCAUUAUUCCAGGACACCAAAUUGGAAAAUGAUGAGGAACGGUUGGUUAUUCUGACAGAAAGCCCCAUUAAACCACAUCAGAGGAUGAGUCUCACAUUCACAGCUAUCAAUAGGGCUCGAAGGGUAGGUGUUUUAAUUAUGGGCAAGAGCAAGCAUGAACUUGUCAGUCAACUCAGUCGAAUUAAGGGCGAAUCAUCCAAGUAUCCCAUUACCAAAGUACAGCCGAAAACCGGUACUCUUAUAUGGUACAUUGACUAUGAUGCAUUGUUAGGAUAAAUGGUCUAAAGACCAGUACAAACUGGUCAGUGAAGCCACCCGCCAGGGCUUAUAGCUCAAAUUGAAUGCUGUAUUGUGAAUGAUUGAAGAGUAUAAAUUGAAGUGUAAUUUUCACACCAACUGAGGUGUGAUAUGUGUGAGAGUUAUUUUCAUGCUGUGAUAAGGAUUUUGAAAUUUGACUGUGCUACAGAAUCAUUGCAUUAUAAACAACUGACAACUUCAAAUCUCAGGAACUUUUCAAACCAAUUAAUCUUAUAAUGCUGCUGAAAUACUUAUUUCACAAGAUAAGAUGGUUGAGAAGCAGUUAAGAAGAUACGUAUGAACAUUUUAAUUCCAUAUCGAGCACUCUUUCCACUUUUGUGACCAAGCAGUGAUCAGAUAAAACAUAUAUUUAAACAUAUAAUUUUACUUUUUUACUUUUUACAUAGCUGCAAUUAUUCAUCAGACUGCCAAGAAAAAUUGAGAUGAAGGACCAACUCUUUGUUUUUCAGAGGAAACUAACAAGAUGUAUUUGGUUUCUUUCCCCCCUUCUUUAUUGAAAGACUUAAAUUAAAUGGUAAAAUCCCGUUCUAGACAUAAUCACAAAGCUCGGGUUAUGUAAUACUAAUAAAACAUGUACACACAACUUGCCUAAGAUUGCAUUGCCAGUGUUUUUAGGACAGAAAAAGUUUGAGUUUACCGUUUCAUCUUUAGACUGAAUUAAGUUUCUAUUUUUGGCCUUAUUGAUGAAACCAUUCCAGAACUACAUUGUUGAAAAUGUAUUAGUGUCUAAGAUUUUUGUCAUACCUCAGAAAACAAAGGUUCAUUAUGUGUUGAGCAUUUGAAAAGGCACAACACCACCUUACAAUAGUUUUAUAUCUACACAUGAAUGUAAAGUCUCUUUUUAUACUGUGUUGUUUAAAAUCUAAGAAGCACAUGUUAGUCAACUAUGCAUGCUUUAUGAAACACUGCAGGAGUUAUUUCUGAACAGCUGGAAAGUAUCAUCUGAUUCAUAACCACCGAUUUAACUUUCUUUAGUGAAGCCAAACAGCAUUACAUUCCACAGGGAUCUAAAUCAUCUAAUGUGAAAAUGUUAAUAAAACAUUCAAAUAAAUGCACACAUAUUAAAGUCCGUUUACACAAAUAGAUUCCUGUUUUUAAGGUGCCUAUAAAUACUAAAUGUUUAACAUCGUUGAGAUCAUAUUGUAUUUCAACAAAGUAUGUGCCUUUCUGACUGGUUAAACAUUUGUAUUGACACUUUUGAAUAAAGUGUAUUGCUUUUCUA